UCCCCGGCUCGGCGGCGGCCGCCCCCGCCGCUGCCCCGCAGUGCCCGGCGCGAUGCUGCGCUGUGUGCCGCCGCUCUGGCGCUGCAACCGGCACGUGGAGGCCUUGGACCGGCGGCACUGCUCGCUCCAGGCCGUCCCCGAGGAGAUCUACCGGUACAGCCGCUCGCUGGAGGAGCUGCUGCUGGACGCCAACCAGCUCCGGGAGCUGCCCAAGCCUUUCUUCAGGCUCCUGAACCUGCGGAAGUUGGGUCUGAGUGACAAUGAAAUCCAGAGGCUUCCCCCUGAGGUUGCCAACUUCAUGCAGCUGGUGGAACUGGACAUCUCCCGUAAUGACAUUCCAGAAAUUCCUGAAAGCAUCAAAUUCUGCAAAUCCCUGGAAAUCGCAGACUUCAGUGGGAAUCCUCUCUCCAGGCUUCCAGAGGGCUUCACUCAGCUUCGUAGCCUGGGACACUUGGCCUUGAAUGAUGUGUCCUUGCAGAGCCUCCCCAAUGACAUUGGGAAUUUGGCAAACCUGGUGACUUUGGAGCUCCGUGAGAACCUGCUGAAGACUCUCCCCACUUCACUCUCCUUCCUUGUCAAGUUAGAGCAGUUGGAUCUUGGUGGCAAUGACCUGGAAGUGCUGCCAGACACUCUGGGAGCUCUUCCCAACCUGCGUGAGCUUUGGUUGGACCGGAACCAGCUCUCGGCUCUGCCUCCGGAGCUGGGCAACCUCCGCCGCUUGGUCUGUCUGGAUGUGUCAGAGAACAAGCUGGAGCAGCUGCCCAACGAGGUCAGUGGGCUGGUGGCACUGACUGACUUACUGCUGUCACAGAACCUCUUGGAAUGCAUUCCAGAUGGGAUUGGUCAGCUGAAGCAGCUCUCCAUCCUCAAGGUGGACCAGAACCGGCUGACAGAGGUGACAGAGUCGAUUGGGGACUGUGAAAAUCUGUCAGAACUCAUCCUGACAGAGAACAUGCUGACAGCCUUACCCAAGUCCCUUGGCAAGCUGGCCAAGCUGACCAACCUCAACGUGGACCGGAACCGUCUGACAUCCCUUCCAGCUGAGAUCGGGGGCUGUGCCAACCUCAACGUCCUCUCCCUGCGUGACAACCGCCUGGCCCUGCUCCCACCAGAGCUCUCCAACACCACUGAGCUCCACGUCCUGGAUGUGGCUGGGAACAGACUGCAGAACUUGCCAUUUGCUUUGACAAACCUAAACCUGAAAGCCCUGUGGCUGGCAGAAAAUCAGUCCCAGCCCAUGCUGAAAUUCCAAACAGAGGAUGAUGAAAAGACAGGAGAGAAAGUUCUGACGUGCUACCUGCUGCCCCAGCAGCCCUCCCCAAGCUUGGAGAACCUUCUGCAGAACAGUGUGGAUGAGAGCUGGACAGACACCAAUUUAAACAGAGUCAGUGUGAUUCAGUUCCUGGAUGAACCCAAAGUAGAUGAUGAAGAGGAGUCUGGAGCUGAGAGACGGGGUUUGCAGCGCAGAGCAACCCCUCACCCCAGUGAGCUGAAGGUCAUGAAGAAAGUGAUUGAAGUUCGGCGCAGCGAGGCCCACGCGGCAAAGGCUGAUCCUGAGCUGAGCUCCCCCACCUCAGAGGAGAGGAGGCUGAGUGCCAUGUCGAGUCGCAGCGAGGACUCCCACCUCUCCAACAGCACCGAGGUGAGGGCAGAGGAGGAGGCAGAGAGGACGUGGCCAAACGGGCAGGUCCCUGAGCUGCAGGAGAAAGAAGCAAAGCCCAGAGCUGAGGAAGAACGUAAGGAACCUGCUGACCAAGAGGAGGAAGAUGUGGAGGUGGAAUACAAUGAGCCCACUGUACACUUUGCUGAGGACACCCUGAUCCGGAGUGAGGAUGAGGAUGAGGAUGAGGAGAGACCCUUCCCUGUGGAGAAGCAGAGGCUGAUCCGCAAGGACACCCCCCACUACAAGAAACACUUCAAGAUCACAAAGCUGCCCAAGCCAGAGGCAGUGGUGGCACUGCUGCAGGGGCUGAGCAGCGAGGGGGUCCCCAAAGAGGAAGAGGAGUUGGGAGGCUGCAGGAACAACGGGGAGCCCGAGGAUCAGGAGGAAACCUGGGAUGAGGAGGAGAGAAAGAACGGAGCUUUGUCUGCUCAGCCAUCGGUGAAGGGGGUGUCGUUUGAUCAAGCCAAUAAUCUGCUGAUUGAACCUGCUCGCAUUGAGGAGGAAGAGCUGACUCUGACCAUCCUGCGGCAGACGGGGGGGCUGGGGAUCAGCAUCGCGGGGGGCAAGGGCUCCACCCCCUAUAAGGGUGACGACGAGGGAAUCUUUAUUUCCCGCGUGUCAGAAGAAGGUCCUGCAGCUCGUGCAGGGGUUCGUGUUGGGGACAAACUUCUGGAGGUGAAUGGCGUGUCCCUGCACUGUGCUGAGCACCAGGUGGCCGUGGAAGCUCUGCGUGGCUCCGGCAGCUCCGUGUCCAUGCGUGUCCUGCGGGAGCGGAUGGUGGAGCCUGAGAACGCCAUCACGGUGACAGCGCUGAGGCCCGAGGAUGACUACAGCCCCCGGGAGAGGAGAGGGGGGCUGCGCUUCCCCGAGAGACCCCCGGGGACACCCCCCACCCAGAGAUACUCCACCUGCCUGAUGCGCAACGAGAAGGGCUUGGGCUUCAGCAUCGCUGGGGGGAAAGGCUCCACACCCUACAGGGCUGGGGACACGGGAAUCUUCAUCUCCCGGAUCGCAGAGGGGGGUGCAGCCCAUCGGGACGGGACCCUGCGCGUUGGAGAUCGGGUCAUCUCGAUCAAUGGGGUAGAGAUGACAGAAGCCAGGCAUGAUCAGGCAGUAGCCCUGCUUACUGCCUCCUCCCCCACCAUCGUGCUGCUGGUAGAGAGAGAGGGGGGAGAGCAGCCCAGCGAGGGAGAGCCCACCCUGCCCCGAGGCCGCAUGCACUCCCCACCACCACCCCCCAGCCAUGGGGAGAGCCCUCCAGAGGAGACUCCUGCCCUGCAGAGGAACCACCUGCCCAAAGGCCUGGAGGACCAGUAUCCCAUUGAGGAAAUUCACCUUGUAAAAGCAGGUGGUCCCCUGGGGCUCAGCAUCGUGGGAGGCAGUGACCAUUCCAGCCAUCCCUUUGGGAUCCAUGAACCUGGGGUCUUCAUCUCAAAGGUCAUUCCCCGGGGGCUGGCGUCUCGCAGCGGGCUGCGUGUGGGGGACAGAAUCCUGGAGGUGAACGGGAUCGACCUGCGCCACGCCACGCACCAGGAGGCUGUCAAUGCUCUGCUCUCCAACACCCAGGAGCUCUCCAUGCUGGUGAGGAGGGAUCCACCCCCACCUGGCAUGCAGGAAAUCUGCAUUGAAAAGGCCCCAGGAGAAAAGUUGGGGAUCAGCAUCCGAGGGGGAGCAAAAGGCCAUGCUGGAAAUCCCUUUGAUCCCACUGAUGAGGGCAUCUUCAUAUCCAAGGUGAGCUCCUCGGGGGCUGCAGCCCGGGAUGGUCGCCUGAAGGUGGGGAUGAGGAUCCUGGAAGUGAAUCACCAGAGCCUGCUGGGCAUGACCCACACGGAAGCCGUGCAGAUCCUGCGCAGCGUGGGGGACGCGCUCCUCGUCCUGAUCUGUGAUGGCUUUGAUCCCAAGGCUGCAGCUGCCAUUGAGAUGUCCCCAGGAGUUAUUGCAAACCCUUUUGCUGCUGGGAUCGGGCGCAAGAACAGCCUGGAAAGCAUCUCCUCAAUUGACAGGGAUUUGAGUCCUGAAGAACUGGAGAUCCUGCAGAAGGAGAUGGAAAUGGUGAGAGAAGCAACUCAGUGGGAGAGAGAAGAAAUGGAGAAAGUGGAAUGGAUGCGUAGGGAGCGGGAGGCAGCAACACAGCAACUUGAGGAGGAGGUGGAGAACAUCACCACUGAACCUUUGAAGUUGGACUACAGGACCUUGGCUGCUUUGCCCAGCAGUGGUUUGCAGAGAGUCAACCGUGCUCUUCUUUACUAUAGUAGGGCCAGCUCCAGAGCAGAGGGUGCCAGCGCUGUGCUGGACGCCCGGGAUCCAUCCCCGGAGCCGCCUGCAGGCCCCGGCAUGGCCGCCGCCCUCCCUCCUCAGGAGCCUCCGUCACCCGGCGAGCUGCCGAGCGGGGCGGGAAGGCCCCCCCGGGACCCCGCGGGUUCCCCCCUCUCCCAGGAGCCGCCAGAGCCGCCCGAGCAGGAGUGUCUGAUCGACUCUCAGCCCAUCCUCUUCAGUCAGAACCCCUUCGUGGUGGCCAACCGUGAGGGGAAGGCGGCGGGCAAGGCGCGCCUGGGGGGCCCUCCCCUGGGCUAUGGCCGGGGGGGAGUGCUGAAGACCAACCCCUACUCCAAGGCUCCUGUGGGUGAGUCUGGGACAGGAAAUUCCAAGCGUGAGACCCCCUAUUCUCCUAAUAAUCAUCAGCUGCCCCCAGCCCCUCGGCCCACGCACCUGGCGGGCAGGGAGACGCGAUUUGCAUCCAUUGCCUUCACCACGGCGCAGGAGGAGAGCAGAUCAACCAAGCCCGGUGUCAUUCAGCCUCUCGCCCGCCUGCGACCCAGCGCUGCCCCCCAGAAUCCGGAGGAUGGGGACAGCCCCAACCCCUUCCAGCACCCCGAGCUCUGCAGCAGCACCCACACCUCUCAGAAGCCACCUUCCCCACCCUCUCCUGAUGAGAUCCCCAUCAAUGUCAAGCAGGCAUACAAGACCUUUGCAGCAGUGCCCUUGUCACACCCUCUGCUCGAGGCCCAGGAUUUGCCUGGUCAGACCAACACAGAGAAUCCCAGAAGUGCCCCGGAGGUGGGCAGGCUCAGCCCUGGGGGGCUGCACAGCCCCGAGCAGAGGUCAUUCCGCGAGAGGCAGAAGUACUUUGAGAUGGAGGGGAAGCAGCAGCAGCUGGAGAAGCCUCCCAAGAGGGUCUCCUUGGUAGGAGAGGAUGACCUGAAGAAGAUGAAAGAAGAGGAAGCUCGGAAGCUGCAGCAGAAACGUGCCCUGCUCUUGGAGGAAGAAGCAGAAGAGGAGGAGAUGGUGAGACAGGCCCUGAGGUGCAGUCGAGUUGUCAUCAUCGAAGGAGUUGAGUACAAGUGGAAAGACUGAAUGGAAGGAGUCUCCAUCCUCCAGCAGCUCGGCCUUCUGAGGUGACUGAGAACAGCAGCUCACAGAGGAAUUCACUGGAAGAUGGAAUCAAACCUGAACAAAGAACCAACUCCAC